AUGUCGAGGGACUUUGACUCGGUCUCGGCCCAGGUCCCCGCGCUGUCGCCUGCUGCUGCUGCUGCUGCUGGAGCAGCAGCAGCAACUGCAGCAGCAGCCCGCGCAGUGACCCCCCAGAACAGCUCUCCUGCUUCGCGCAUGCAGCUGCGGGACGCAACGCCGCAGGGGCCCUACGCCGCGAGCGAAGCAGCAGCAGCACCGUGGCCGCUCGAUUCUGCUGCUGCUGCUGCUGCUGCUGCUGCUGCUGCUGAAGGGCAGGAUGCCUCCCGGGGCCCCGCUGAGAGCACUAGAUCUGCUGCAGGAGACGCCGCUGGCAGCCCUGCUGCUGCUGUCAGCUCGAGGGACUUCUCUGGCCAGACGCUGGAGCAGCUGCAGCAGCAGCAGCAGCAGCAGCACGUUGGGGUGUACAUACACCCGAGGGACUAUGCGGUGGCGCAGGCAGCAACGCGACAGAACCGCAGCAGACUUCAGCAGCAAAUCGAUGCAGCGGGACGCGGCUUGACGCGGCGGUGCUUCACACAGCCCAUAGCGCAGCAGCAGAAGCAGCAGCAGCAGCAGCAGCAGCAGCAGCAGCAGCAGCAGCUCGAGGGUCAGGCCGAGGGACAGCAGGAAACUGCGAAAGAAGAAGAGGCGCAGCAGCCCCACCGCAGCAGCACAACUGCAGAUGCCAUUCCUUAUGGGGUGCUGCUGCCAGCUCCUGUGUACAGCCGUAGGAGCAGCAACGACAGCAGCAGCAGCAACAGCAGCAGCAGCAGCAGCAGCAGCCGGCGCGAAAGUGGCUCCGCAUCCACCCCGCAAGUGCUGUGCAUGAGCAGGCCUGCCGCAGCAAGCACCCUGGCGGACGGUGCUGUUGCUGCUGCUGCUGCUGCUGCCAGCGUAGCUGCUGCUGCUGCAGCACCGCCCCGACUAAACCACUACAAAGAGGCCUUUUUGCUCGCAGAGAAAAAAGACAAAAAGAAACAAAAAGAAAAGAAUGUGCUGCCGGGGGGCCCCAAUGGGGGCUACGCCCUGCUGCCGGACGUGCCCUAA